AUGAACAGCGUGGGAGAGGAAUGCACGGACAUGAAGCGCGAGUAUGACCAGUGCUUCAACCGCUGGUUCGCGGAGAAGUUUCUGAAGGGGGAAGGCAGCGGGGACCCGUGCACCGAUCUGUUCCGGCGGUACCGGCGCUGCGUGCAGAAAGCCAUCAAGGACAAGGACAUCCCGGUGGACGGAAUAGAGUUCAUGGGACCCAGCAAAGACAAACCGGAAUCCAAGGACGACUCCUGACCGGGCACCGGCCCCGGACUCCUGUUUCUUCCGCUCGUUGCUUUACAUACAUUAAAGCUUCAGUACAAUGAACAUCAGCUUUGAGUUGGUGAUCCGGGAUAGAUAGCCUGCUGCUUAGAUGGGAUAUAGGGGAUAAAAAGGAGUUAAAAGUGGAGUUGAUUGAAUGUUGAUGGGAACUAUUGACAUUAAUUAUUGUUCACCCAAUUAUAUUACUCCAUCAUAAAUGUAGAUGGUUAAUGCGGUUUAGCGCUUCAAUACAUCUACAUCACGGAAAAGGGUUCAUAAGGAGGAAACUUUAAAAGUUCUUCAUGUUCAAGAGUAAAGUUACACAAUAUAAGAUGCUAAUAUUUUUUACAAACCUGAACUUUGCUUAAUUCUUUAUUUAAAAAUGUAAUUUCAUGUAUAUUUUUCAUUCUAACACUUGUUUAGGAAUUAAGGUUAAACUACCUUGUCUAGUAGAGUACAGAGAUACCUGAAAUAAAUAGUUCAUGUA